CCUCGUUGACACUUGUACAUAAUACAAAUAUUUCACACCAACUUAUUCUUAAUUUUUGUCACCAACUUAUUGUACAUAUUGUCACCAAGGUAGCUUUGUUUCUUUCGUUGUUAAAGCAUUCUUGUUAUUCACAUCUUUGAAAAUUUUUAUUAUUUCAUUCUUGAUUCAAUUCAACAUCACAACAAAAAAAAAGUCUUUUGAGUAAUGGAACAUCAACAUAAACUGUUUCCACUUCUGGUGUUACUUCUGUUCCAAGUUCCGAUUGUUGCAUCACAGACAGAUAGUGGAGAUUUUACGGCUCUUUCGUCUCUUAUACAAUCAUGGAAAAACAAACCGGUAAAUUGGGUGGGUUCUGAUCCUUGUGGAGGUGAUUGGGAUGGAAUUCGUUGCGCCAAUUCAAGAAUCACCGAACUGAAACUACCAGGCUUGAAUUUGGAGGGUCAACUUUCUUCAGCAAUUCAGCCCUUAUCUGAACUUGAUACACUUGAUCUUUCGUACAACGCAGGCAUGACAGGAACAAUUCCGAAAGAAAUCGGGAAUUUGAAAAACCUCAAAUCUUUGGCGUUGGUUAACUGCGGUUUCUCGGGGCCUAUUCCAGACUCAAUAGGAUCUUUACAGAAGCUGGCCUUUUUGCGCUUUGACAAGAAUCGAUUAAGCGGUAGAGUGCCUUCCAGCUUAAGCCAACUCGAAAAACUUAGCAAGAUCUAUUUAUCUCACAAUGAACUGACUGGCUCUCUGCCGGAUUUUACCGGAAUGACUAGUCUCACCUACGUGGAUCUGAGUGACAAUAAUUUCAAUUCUUCUGAUAUUCCUUCAUGGGUUUAUGCUUCUAGUCUUCCCGAUCUGACGACAGUCAGAAUACUCAAGGACAACCAGCUGAGUGGCACAUUAAAUCUCAGCACUGGCUAUAGAAGAAGUCUGCAACUCAUUGAUUUGCAAAACAAUGGUAUUACCGAACUCAAGUUGGGAAACCAGAAAUUGAAUUUCGACUUGAGACUGGCUCAAAACAAGAUUUGUCUUGAAAAUGGAGUUUCUAAUGAGGUUUACUGCAAAGCUCCUCCUCAAGUCAUUCCUUAAUUUUAAAAAUCCUAACCAUGUAUGAAAAUUACUUAAAUCCAUAUAUAGAUUAAAGCAAUCUAGCAGAUAAUGAUUCUCGAAAUUGAAUGCUGCCUUAAUUUCUAAGGGUUAUUCCCAAUUCUCUUAUGAUGAUUUUUUAUCUGCUAAAGAAAUCAAUAACUCCUUUUCUACAAAAUCAAUAUAUGUUGAUGAUGGGCCUGCAAGCCUACCUCCACCCCAUGCUAAAAGGAACAAAACUACUCCAAAAUGCAGACAUGCCCUUAUUUGUUCAUGCAUCAUAAAAAAAGUUGAUGAGGUUGAUCUAUCUCAUUAACACAAGACAUUAUAUAUGCCACUGAGUUUAACAACUCAGUUAACAAGUGAGCUCACCAGCAAAUCUCCAUAAUAAAAUUGUCGUCGAUGUUCUCAUAAACUUGAAAUCCUUUUUUUCUAGGCCGAC